AUGUUUCUGGGCCCAUAUCUUGAGUGUAAAUUCGAAUUAGGGUUUCAGUCUCAAGUAAAUAAAAACAGAUCUUCGUUAUCUCAGUCUCAUUCUCACUGUUGUGCUGCUCUCGUUUGCCUUUUCCACACCGAAGAAUUAACAUAUAUAGCAAGCAUGGCACUCACAUUCUACGACCUUAGCUCUGCCACUGGAUUGAAGAAGCUUGAUGAGUACCUUCUCCCACGCAGUUACAUCACUGGGUACCAAGCUUCAAAGGAUGAUCUUGCUGUAUAUUCUGCUCUGCCAGCUGCUCCAUCAGCUGAGUACCUGAAUGUGUUCAGGUGGUACAAGCACAUUGAUGCUUUAUUGAGAAUCUCGGGUGUUUCUGGUGAGGGAUCUGGUGUCACUGUUAAGGGGUCUGUUGUUGCUGAGCCUGCUGCUGCUGAGGAGGAUGAUGAUGAUGAUGUGGAUUUGUUUGGUGAAGAGACAGAGGAAGAGAAGAAGGCAGCUGAGGAAAGGGCAGCUGCAGUAAAGGCAUCUGGAAAAAAGAAGGAGUCUGGGAAAUCAUCUGUUCUGUUGGAUGUGAAACCAUGGGAUGAUGAAACCGACAUGAAGAAGCUUGAGGAAGCAGUGAGAUCUGUUAGCAUGGAAGGGUUGCUUUGGGGUGCAUCCAAACUUGUUCCCGUUGGGUACGGCAUCAAGAAACUGCAAAUUAUGCUUACUAUCGUGGAUGACCUUGUUUCUGUCGACACUCUUAUUGAGGAACAUCUCACAGUUGAGCCCAUCAAUGAAUAUGUCCAGAGUUGUGACAUUGUGGCCUUCAAUAAAAUUUGUGAAAUCCACAGUCGUGGAGAUCAUGGCAACGAGAGGAAAUGCGAAUGA